AUGGUUAGAACUAGAGCAACAAGAGCACCUGAGCCAGCCGUUGGGGCUGUAGGCAGAGGAAGAGUAGCAACGAGAGGCCGUGGUAGAGGUCGCGGAAGAAAGGCCACCAGGGGCAGGGUCCAAACAGCUGAGCCAGCCAGGGAAAGAGCAGCGAGCCCUCCACUGGCUGAUGAGGUAGUUAGAGAUGAUGUUGGGGUGGAGGAGGAGCAAGUUCAUGAGAGAGAAGCACCACCCCAGCCUACUCCAGAGAUGAUCCACCAGGUUCUCACCUAUCUUACUGGGUUAUCCGAUCAGGGACAAGCUCCCCCAGCACCUCAUAUUCCAGGAGUUCAACAUGCAGCUGUUAUGGCUCCCCGCAUAACUGCGUCUUUGGGGACAAGCAUGUUUCCUCAAUUGACUACAGGGCCGUUUCAAGGAGACGCCAAAAUGUGGUGGCGGUCUCACGUGGAGUGCCGACCAGCAGAGGCACCACCUAUGACCUGGGCAACCUUUUCUAAUUGUUUUAUGGAGAAGUAUAUUCCCCGGACCUUAAGGGACAGGAGGAGAGACGAGUUCCUGAAUAUAGAGCAGGGGAGGAUGUCUGUUGCCGCUCCAGAGGAGCGAAUUCGCCGCUUUGUGAAGGGAUUGAGGUCAGAUUUGCGAAUUCCAGCUUUACAGGUUGCUGCUUCAGCAAAAUCCUUUCAGGAAGUGGUUGACUUUGUGAUAGAGGUUUCAGAUGGAGGUCCGUUAAAGACUAGUCAGCCUUUUUCUAACUUUGGGGGUUAUCUUCAGUCUUCUUCGUCUUCACAAAGACCCACUCUUGACCUUAAGACUUGUUACGGAUGUGGUGAGCCUGGACAUAUCAGAAAAUAUUGUCCAAGGCAGAGUCAGGCUUGGCAUGAUCAGGGUUAUAGAGUCCCAGCAGUUAGAGGUGGAGGCGACGGCUAUGGUAGGGGCCGUCAUUCUAGAGGACGUGGUGGCCAAGGUCGUAGUGGUCGCCAGUCCGGCCGGGGUGGCGGGCAGGUUGGAACUACUGGAGUACAGCCCGAUAAGGGACAUAGUCAGACAGGUGACAGAGCCCAUUGUUAUGCCUUCCCUGGGAGAUCAGAGGUAGAGGCAUCCGAUGCUGUUAUCACAGGUACUCUUCUGGUCUGCGAUAGCUUGGCUUUCGUAUUGUUUGAUCCUGGAUCCACAUUUUCUUAUGUAUCUCCCGCAUUUGCUGAUGGACUUGAUUUAUAUUGUGACUUACUUGACAUGCCUAUUCGUGUUUCUACACCUGUUGGUGAGUCUGUGCUAGUUGAGAAAGUGUAUAGGUCUUGUCUUGUGACUUUUGUGGGGAGCAGAACUUAUGUAGAUUUAAUUAUUCUGGAGAUGGUUGACUUUGAUGUAAUCUUGGGUAUGACUUGGCUAUCUCCAAAUUUUGCUAUCUUAGACUGCAAUGCUAAGACUGUGACAUUAGCCAAGCCUGGGAUGGAUCAGUUGGUGUGGGAGGGUGACUAUAUUUCCACCCUAGUUCAGAUUAUCUCUUUUCUUCGUGCUAAGAGGUUGGUGAAUAAGGGUUGUUUAGCCUUCCUAGCACAUCUUAGGGACGAUAAUUCUGAAGUGCCGACGAUUGAAUCUAUCUCUAUAGUUCGUGAGUUUAUGGAUGUUUUCCCCGCAGACUUACCUGGUAUGCCACCUGAUAGAGAUAUAGAUUUUUGUAUCGACUUAGAGCCCGACACUCGCCCUAUUUUCAUUCCACCUUAUAGAAUGGCCCCAGCUGAGUUGAGGGAGUUGAAGGCCCAACUCCAGGAAUUGUUGGGUAAAGGGUUUAUUAGACCGAGUGCCUCUCCUUGGGGUGCUCCAGUCUUAUUUGUAAAGAAGAAGGAUGGUAGCCUUCGUAUGUGCAUAGACUACAGACAGCUGAACAAGGUGACUAUUAAAAAUAGGUAUCCCCUUCCUCGCAUUGAUGACUUAUUUGAUCAGUUGGAGGGUGCUUGUGUUUUCUCAAAAAUUGAUUUGAGGUCUGGUUACCAUCAAUUGAAAAUACGGGCGACAGAUGUACCAAAGAUGGCUUUUCGAACCAGGUAUGGUCACUAUGAAUUCUUAGUAAUGUCUUUUGGGCUUACAAAUGCGCCUGCUACUUUCAUGAGUCUGAUGAAUGGAAUCUUUAAGCCAUAUUUGGACCUCUUUGUUAUUGUUUUUAUUGAUGAUAUAUUGAUCUACUCAAAGAGCCAAAAAGAACAUGAAGAGCAUCUAAGAACUGUUCUGGAAUUGUUAAGGGAGAAGAAGUUAUAUGCCAAAUUCUCCAAGUGUGAGUUCGAAGAGCCUGUGGCUAUUCUUGAUAGGGAGGUUCGCAAGUUGAGAUCAAGGGAGAUUGCGUCUGUGAAGGUCCAGUGGAGAAAUCGUCCUGUUGAGGAGUCCACUUGGGAGAUUGAGGCUGACAUGCGUGGAAAAUAUCCACAUUUAUUCAUCGAGUCAGGCGACGACAACGACUUGAUUCGCUCUCAGAAUUUGUUCACUGUUCAGAAGUCGGAAGCUCGAGACUUCGAGACUCUCGGGACUCAGAAUCUCACGAUUUCACUCUCAGAACUCGUUCAGGAGCUUACAAAAGGCAGAACUCAGAAACUCACGAUUUCAUUCUCAGAAUCACAACUCUGCUCAGGUGCUCACUAUUUCUCAUUCUCUGCUACUGAUUGUGCGACUGUUAAUUUUCUGUUUGUGCUAGACAAUUUUCAAGUUGUGUGUGACAUUGUGACAGCUUAA